GCUCCAUCACAUGGUCGAAAUGUAGAUCCCCCCCGAUGAUUUUCCCAAGGGAGAGCGGACAGUUUUCUCCUCCCGGGCAAAUUUCCUCCGCGUCUGCCGCGUAACUUAACGAUGGAGCUUACGACGCAGUGUCAGCACGUCAAACUCGCGGAUAUCGUUUAGAACCCCGUCUGGGAAGCAACGAACCUGACGGACACCUGUUUAUUUACUCUCGAGAAGUCGUCGAUCGCCAGACAAUAAGGAUUGCGGGACGUUCGUUUUUCAUCCAUAGAAAGAUGCUCUUUCUUGUAUAACGACACUCGAUAAGCGGUUACGUGGGUUUCAUGAUGAUGAGGUGACACCUGGUCCUGCCAUGCGGAACAGGUCAGUCACUGUUAUUUUCGGCUCUCUUGUUCUGUGGGGCUUGAUCAUAUAUUUCUUGAUCUCCGAUCAACCAGUGGAUAAGGAACGGGAAACGACUAGACUAUCAAAUCAGAUUAGCAAACUGGAAAGAAGGAUAAAGCAAGAAAUAGCAUUGAAUCAGGAACUCUUUGACAGUAUCAAUGAAGUUAAGCAACGUAAAAGAAAGAUAAUUGUAAAUACGAAUACAGAUGAGAAACAAGGGAGAGAUACGAAUCGUAUCGACGAGGACAAGCUUUUCCUUGAAAAGGAAAAAAAGGAUGUAGAUAAUAAUAUUAAUAAUAAUGAUGUACAGCAGUUACAAAUAGAGCCUGUGUAUUCGCAGAGCGAAACUUCUUACAAUGUUCCUAUAAAGGAAAAGUUACCAAACGGAUCUCCAAUAAUAGCAGUUUUGGUGUUUUCUUGCAAUCGCAUUACUGUACAGAGGUGCCUCGAUCAACUGAUCAAAUACAGGCCCAGCAUAGAGCAAUUUCCAAUUAUCGUUUCAGAAGAUUGCCAGCAUCGACAAACUGCUGAUGUUAUCGCUAGAUAUGGAAAUCAAAUUAUGCAUAUACAACAACCUGAUCAAUCGGACAUCGAAGUACCUCCGAAAGAAAAGAAAUUCAAAGGGUAUUUCAAAAUCGCUCGUCACUAUGGAUGGGCUCUUAAUCACGUAUUCUUUCAACUUAAAUAUGACACUGUGAUAAUAGUCGAAGAUGAUUUGGACAUAGCCCCAGAUUUUUUUGAGUAUUUUUUGGGCACAUAUCCUCUACUAGUAUCUGAUAAUUCCCUGUGGUGCGUGUCUGCAUGGAAUGACAAUGGUAAAGCUGGAUUAGUUGACGAAAACGCAGCGGAUGUGCUGUACCGGACGGAUUUUUUUCCUGGAUUAGGCUGGAUGUUAACGCGUCAAUUAUGGGCUGAACUCUCGCCGAAAUGGCCAAAAUCAUAUUGGGACGAUUGGAUAAGACAACCUGAACAACGUCGAAAUAGAGCCUGCAUUAGGCCGGAAAUAUCUAGAACCAGAACUUUCGGCAAAACAGGAGUGAGCAAUGGGAUGUUCUACGAAAGACAUUUAAAAUAUAUCAAAUUGAACACUGAAUUUGUGCAUUUCACGAGAAUGAAUUUAACUUAUUUAUUAAAAGACAAUUACGAUAUAAAUUUUGUGAAUGAAGUGUAUCAAUCGACGGUGGUGAGUUUUUCGGAAUUGAAAAGUGGGAAAGUUGUGGCACCUGGCGCCGUACGGAUUCCUUAUUAUUCCAGACAGGCGUAUAAAAACACUGCCAAGCAGUUUGGAUUAAUGGAUGAUUUCAGGAGUGGUGUACCAAGAACUGGCUAUCGUGGUGUAGUCACAUUCUUUUACAAAGGAAGACGAGUACAUCUAGCGCCCAGUGCAAACUGGAAUGGUUAUGACACGACAUGGAGCUAACAAAAGAUACGACACUACAGAUUCUUUUUUUUUCUUAGACCUAAACGACUAAUUGCUUCCAUGAUGUUCGUUAAAAUCGAAUGAAUAUUUUAACUACGUUGAAGACACAUGACAUGAACAUUUAUUAGUUAUAAGUGUUACAAGACAAAUUUGCAAAUCUUUCGUUGCAAAUGCCAACGAGUUCGUCAAGAAUAACGGCUGCUUGUAAUCUUUCUUGUAGAAAAUUCCUCAGUGAAAUUUGGAUAAAUAUUGUUAUGUAAUAAGAGAUUUGCAUAGUGCCUCAAAACUUAUACCCACCGUUUGUAUACAAAGUGCAAUGCAGAUCGUGAUAUACAAGAAAACUACUUUGAACGUGGACACGCAAGAGUGACAAAGUAGCGUUUCAGAAUAUCAUGACUAUGAAAUAUUGUAUACUGAAUUGUAAAAUGACUGAAGAAAACAGAUUUAGAUUGUUCGUGCAAUUUGGUUUUAUCGGUGUUUUUUUCGCUUCCACUUUCUUCUUUUAUUUUAUUUAGUUCAAAUAUAAAUGAAAUAAUUUAUUUAAAUGGGUUCCAGAAUUCCUGGCUCUUAUCAGUUAUACUUAAACUUCCUUAAUUCGUUCAUUUCGAAAUUUCUUACUUCACCGAAAAUGUAAUGGUUGUUUACCACGUAGGUCCGUGUUGCACGAAUGAUUGGAAGUCUUCUUAUCAUGUACAUAAUGUUUAUAUUAUAUCAGGUGUAUAUAUAUGAUUUAAAAAAAAUUCAACGUUUCAGCUAAAUUUGUUCUUGUUGCUUACUUCCAGAAUGUGUAAAGCAUUUAUUUUUGUGUAAUAAUCGAGAAGUCA